AUUUCAAUUGAAUUUAGUUGGCCAGUUGGUGGCUUGCUACCAAACUAUCAGAAGACGUUUUGCCGAAAGAAGUUAUAUUAUAUGAAAACCACUAUGAAUAUCACAUCAGCUGCUGGUAUCAUUUCCCUUCUGGAGGAACCAAUGCCAGAAUUGAAAGUCUUUGCUUUAAAGAAGCUAGACAUGAUAGUCGACGAGUUUUGGCCUGAAAUCUCUGAGGCUAUAGAAAAAAUUGAAAUUCUUCAUGAAGAUAAGUCAUUUCCUCAACAUGAUUUAGCUGCAUUAGUUGCUAGUAAAGUGUAUUAUCAUCUAGGAAGUUUUGAAGAUUCUCUUACUUAUGCUCUUGGAGCUGGAGAAUUAUUUGAUGUGAAUGCCCGCAAUGAAUAUGUUGAUACCACUAUAGCUAAAUGUAUUGAUUAUUAUACUCAACAACGUGUAUUGGAAGCAGAAGGAAAGUUACCACCAGGUAGCAAAGGAAUCGAUCCCAGAUUGGAAGGAAUUGUGAACAGAAUGUUUCAACGUUGUUUAGAUGAUAAUCAAUAUCGUCAAGCCUUAGGGCUUGCUCUUGAAACUAGAAGGAUGGACAUUUUUGAAGCUGCAAUUAUGCAGUCAGAAGAUGUGAGUGGCAUGUUGUCUUAUGCCUUCCAAGUUGUCAUGAGUCUCAUUCAGAAUCGUGGUUUCCGCAAUACUGUACUUCGUUGCUUAGUGAGCCUUUACCGGAACCUGGGAACACCCGAUUACGUUAAUAUGUGUCAAUGCUUGAUAUUUCUGGACGAUCCAUUAGCUGUAGCUGAACUUUUAGACAGAUUAAGUAAAGGCUCCCAAGACUGUGUCCUUAUGGCCUAUCAGAUUGCCUUCGACUUGUACGAAUCCGCGACUCAGCAGUUCCUCGGUCGCGUUUUGCAAGCUCUUAGAGCAACGGCUCCGAUUCCAGGAGCUCUUAUGGUUAAACCCAUCGUUAAACCAGCUGUCAAAGCAUCUACCAAUGAGAAUUCUGAAUCUACAAGUGCCGAGCCCGAAAACAGUACACCGGCUCCGGAAGAAAAAUCUCAACGCAGCGUUGAAAGUUUGAAUGCGGAAGAACGCGAACAGCAGGAACGAGUAGAUGCUUUGUCGAGUAUUUUGGGUGGAGAAAUUUCGAUCGAUUUACAUUUACAAUUUUUAAUCCGGAGUAAUCAUACAGACAUGUUAAUAUUGAAGAAUACUAAAGAUGCAAUACGCGUUUCCAUUUGUCAUACUGCCACUGUAAUCGCGAAUGCGUACAUGCAUUCUGGAACUACUAGCGAUCAAUUUCUAAGAGAUAAUUUAGAAUGGUUGGCUCGUGCUACGAACUGGGCCAAACUAACGGCAACAGCAUCUCUAGGAGUGAUUCAUAGAGGUCACGAACAAGAAGCUUUAGCUUUGAUGCAGUCCUAUCUUCCGCGGGAUACCGGCGCGGGUGCUGGUUAUUCCGAAGGAGGCGGUUUAUACGCGUUAGGACUUAUACACGCAAACCACGGCGCAGCAAUUACAGAUUAUUUACUUGGUCAACUGAAGGACGCACAAAACGAGAUGGUGAGGCACGGAGGUUGUUUGGGUCUGGGAUUAGCUGCUAUGGGAUCCCACAGGCAGGAUGUAUACGAGCAGUUGAAAUUCAACCUUUAUCAAGACGACGCUGUUACUGGAGAAGCAGCGGGCAUUGCUAUGGGCAUGGUUAUGCUGGGAUCUAAAUCAACCCAAGCAAUAGAAGACAUGGUAGCGUAUGCCCAAGAAACGCAACACGAGAAAAUUCUCCGAGGAUUAGCCGUUGGUAUUGCAUUUACCAUGUACGGUCGCCUUGAAGAAGCAGAUCCUUUGGUCACUUCCCUUUGCGCUGAUAAGGAUCCGAUACUUCGAAGGAGUGGCAUGUACACACUGGCGAUGGCCUAUUGUGGGACCGGAAAUAACCAGGCCAUCCGGAAGUUGCUACAUGUUGCUGUCUCCGAUGUAAACGACGACGUUCGACGAGCUGCAGUGACCGGUCUAGGAUUCCUGCUGUUCAGAACACCAGAACAGUGUCCCAGCGUGGUUUCCUUGCUGGCAGAAAGUUACAACCCGCACGUGAGGUACGGGGCAGCGAUGGCUUUGGGAAUCGCGUGUGCAGGCACAGGAUUAAAGGAAGCUAUAGCCCUGUUGGAUCCAAUGACAAACGACCCGGUGAACUUUGUUCGUCAAGGUGCUUUGAUCGCGUCCGCGAUGAUCCUAAUUCAGCAGACAGAGGCGACAUGUACCAGAGUUAAAGACUUCAGGGCGUUGUACGCCAAAGUCGUGGUAGACAAGCACGAAGACGUAAUGGCAAAGUUUGGUGCCAUUCUGGCGCAAGGCAUCAUCGACGCUGGUGGUCGUAACGUGACGGUGUCCCUUCAAUCGAGAACAGGUCACACCAAUAUGCUGGCAGUGGUUGGUGCACUGGUGUUCACCCAGUACUGGUACUGGUUCCCAUUAGCCCAUUGCUUGGCUCUAGCCUUCACCCCGACCUGUCUAAUCGCUCUGAACGCUCAGCUGAAAAUGCCAAAGCUCGAAUUUCGCUCGAAUGCGAGACCGAGUGUCUACGCUUAUCCUGCGCCAUUGGAGGAGAAGAAACGCGAGGAAAGGGAGAAAAUCACGACAGCUAUUCUCAGCAUUGCUGCGAGGGCGCGUAGACGCGAAUCCGAGAGGCGUGCCCGUGAUUCCCACGAGGAAAAAAUGGAAGUGGAUCCACCAGAAACGAAGGAGACUGUCGAGGUGAAGGAAGCAUUGCCAAAAGAGAAAGAAGAAAAGAAAAAGGAGAAAGAAGAAAAAGAGACGAAAGAAGUGAAAGAGACAAAAGAGAAGGUCGAGAAAAAGGGCAAGGACGAAACUGAGAAAGGAGAAAAAGAGAAAAAGGAAGCUGAACCUAAUUUCGAGAUCCUUCAAAAUCCUGCUCGCGUUUUACGGCAACAAUUGAAGGUAAUACAAUUAGUGGAGGGUGGUCAUUAUGUUCCUGUGAAAGACAUUCAGAUUGGUGGUAUCGUCAUGAUGAAACACGUACAAUCAGAUACUGAAGAGGAGCUCGUGGAACCUGUGGCCGCUUUCGGCUCCAAACCCGACGAGGAGAAAGAAGCGGAACCUCCAGAGCCAUUCGAGUACAACGAGGAUUAAAUCCGUGUAUCACAAAACAAAUUCCUCUCUGUCUGUGACGCAAGUUAUAUUUGAUUUCGUAUACACACACAUAGUUCCAUAGAGAAAAGAAGAAAUAAUUGUCGACGUUUCCUUUUUGAUAAAAACGCGCCGUCCUGCAACAUUAUUUUCUUUCUUUUUUUAUUUUCAUAUAACAUUAAACCCGGCCUCGAACUAUCACUCCUCAUCAUGAAACUCGGCUGCUCCGUUAUUUAGAAUUUUAAUAAAUAUAUGAUUUGCUUUGAUCAUA